GCUUCCGCCUUCCGCGGUACGGGUUCUCCGGUGGAGGCGGCGAUGGCGGCGGCCUCGUCCUCCUCCUCCUCUUCUUCCUCUUCUUCCUCCUCCUCCUCCUCCUCCUCCUCCUCUUCCUCCUGCUCCUCCUCGGCGGCCGCCGCGGGUUGCCGGGAGGGCCCGGCGGUGGCGGCGGGGCCCGGCUGGAGCGACUCCCAGUUCCGCCGCUACUCCUUCGAGACGCGGCCCAUCCCGCGGCUCAGCCACAGCGACCCCCGCGCCGAGGAGCUCAUCGAGAACGAGGAGCCAGUGGUGCUGACAGAUACCAAUCUGGUUUAUCCUGCUCUGAAAUGGGACCUGGACUACCUCCAGGAAAACAUUGGCAAUGGGGACUUCUCCGUGUAUAGUGCCAGCACACACAAGUUUUUGUACUAUGAUGAGAAAAAAAUGGCCAAUUUUAAGAACUUCAAACCCAAGUCAAGUAGGGAAGAAAUGAAGUUUGCCGAGUUUGUGGACAGACUCAAAGAAAUACAGCAAAAAGGGGGUGCUGAGAGGCUAUAUCUGCAGCAAACGUUGAAUGACACAGUUGGAAGGAAAAUUGUAGUGGAUUUCCUUGGCUUCAACUGGAACUGGAUUAACAAGCAGCAAGGGAAACGUGGCUGGGGUCAACUGACUUCUAACUUGCUUCUUAUUGGCAUGGAAGGGAAUGUGACACCAGCUCAUUAUGACGAGCAACAGAACUUCUUUGCUCAGAUUAAGGGUUACAAGAGGUGUAUCCUGUUUCCUCCUGAUCAGUUUGAAUGCCUCUACCCUUAUCCUGUGCACCAUCCAUGUGACAGACAGAGCCAGGUGGACUUUGACAAUCCUGACUAUGAGAAGUUUCCAAACUUCCGGAAUGUGGUUGGCUAUGAGACAGUGGUGGGUCCUGGGGAUGUGCUGUACAUACCUAUGUACUGGUGGCACCACAUUGAGUCUCUCCUGAAUGGGGGGAUUACCAUCACUGUGAACUUCUGGUACAAGGGUGCCCCAACCCCAAAGAGAAUUGAGUAUCCCUUAAAGGCUCAUCAGAAAGUGGCAAUAAUGAGGAACAUUGAGAAGAUGCUGGGAGAAGCCUUAGGAAAUCCACAAGAGGUGGGUCCCUUGUUGAAUAUGAUGAUUAAGGGCCGGUAUGACUAAUGCCUGGUGCCCCUGGCUGAUGUUGGAGCUGCUUUGUUCACAAGCAACGGAAGAUACUGAGCGCUAGUAUUGCACGCAGCACUUAACAGACUGAUGGGUUUCCUGGCCUGUCCUGGCCCCACUACAAUAAAGGGGCUACUGGAACUGCAAAA